AUUAUUAGGUGGGACAUUACCAAAUAGCCGCAUAAUGCUAAGUGGGCUGUUAACCUUACAGCCAUGACGUCACGGUCACAUCAUCUGCCCCCUCGACACAAACUAUGCGUAUGAGGAGGCGAACUAUCCGCUAAAUUAGUUCAUUUUAAAUGGAAAUGAGCUCAUAGCUCAUACAUCAUCCCAAGGGAAACUGCGCCAUGUAAUGGGCGGGAUGAUAACCCAAAUACUAUGUAUACCACCCAGGGUACCCUGCUUAUCAAACGUUAGCGCUAGUUUAUCGACCUAAUCGGUUUCUUAAAUGCUUAUCCGGAAAUCAAAGCUGGCCAAAAUUGAACUGGACUUCAUGCGUCUACGCCCUGGCUCUCGGCUCUCGCCCUCAGUCGGGAGUGUGCCUCCCACUGCCGACUGGCUCCGCUCUGUUGUGGCCAGCCGCUGAUAUGGCGACGCCAACCCCAGUCUCGGUAGCGGUCCCGCCUUUCAUGCUUGCAGGCUGACUUUGUGAAUUGUUAGUUGUUCAGUGCCAGUCCGUCAGGCGACUACAAUGACCACCACUCCACUAGACGACGCCGCCAACGUGACAGCUUUUAUCGAUUUUGGAUAUACACUUUAGAGAGCUUGUUUCCAAGGAAAAGUUCCAGCUCGGGACCUCGCUGGGCACCCACACAGUACGGCCUCUACAUGAGUAUGUUGGGGUUUGUCUAUCUGGUUCUCAUCUUGGGCUGGAUACUGAUCGUGCUGUUUCUCAAGUGCAAAAAGUCCUUGGCCGCACCGUUUCGCUUUGGCGAGAACUACACAGAUGCCAUAGCCGAUACGGAACGUCGUCCUUCGGUGCAUGUGAUACAGCUGCAGAAUGAGGAUGUGGAGAGCGAAGACCACUAUUUGGAUAGCUUUCAUAGGAACACAGAAAACCUGCAGCGGUACUCGCAUCGUUCGCAACGCUCCACCCUGGAAGAGCGCACUGUUGAACGUGCCUAUCCCACAGAUGCCGUCAUUAAUCCGGCCUACAUGCACGAUGAGGAUUAUGUGAUCAAUGCGCCGCCACCGACGUACGAGGAGGUAAUGCGCCAACCACAGGUAUACCCACAGGUUCGCCACAAUAAUCACAAGAUAAGCGAUGCUAAUAUUUAGACAACAGGGAUACUUAGCUAAGGAUUGAUUUGUACAUACUGGUAGUUUGUCAUUGUCCGCUGUGAUUUACAGAUAGAUUUUGGUUGAUCUUUAUUUUAGUUGCACCUAAACGAAACAAAAUCAAUUCGAUUGAUUGAACUUAGGUGGCCUGCGCCCUCUUGCACUGCGAAUAACAUUAAUUACACCACUCAUAGUACAUAGUUUUACAUAGAAAAAUGUAUAAAUGAUUCUACAGAAGUAUGAUUAAUAAUUAUGGUUAUGAUUAAUGAUUAACGAUUAAUGGUUAAUGGUUACAAACAAACAGUCAGUCCAAGUACAGUCGAAGUUGUUGCAGAUUGUAAUUGUAAAUAAAUUAAGAAUGGCGAAUGAUAAAUAAAAAGUGUACAAAAAUA